AUGUCGUCGCCUCCCUCGAUGCCUGAACAAGGCGAACCUGCCACAAGAGACAUCGAAGCCGAUGCCGACGUCGACACCGAAAUGGCCAACACUCAAGACGACGGCGCCGGGACAGCUGGGCCAGCGAAUCGUGCACACAACGAGGCCGCAUCCUCCGCGACGGUGGAUCAUAACUCGACACAGUCUGAAACGCAGCCGGCGACGGCCACGGCCACGGCGUCGAACCUCCUCCAGCAGAACCGCAAGGAUGUCACGUUGCGCGAGUUUCUGAGCAAGAUGGACGAUUACGCCCCGAUUAUCCCCGACGCCGUCACAAACCACUAUCUAGCUCUCUCUGGCCUCCCGCCUCCAUCGCCGGCCGAUCCUACAGGCGCAAGCACGAACAGCACGCCUCUGCCCCUGGCCCGGCUUCUGGCUUUGGCCACGCAGAAGUUCGUCGCCGAUAUCGCCGCCGACGCGUACCAGUAUAGCCGGAUCCGGUCGUCCAAUUCUGCCGCGGCGAACAAUCCUCUGGGAAACGCUGGCCUUGGUGUGGCCGGUGGUCCGGGCGGCGCUGGAGCGGUCGGCGCUGCUGGUGCUGGCAUGCUGGGUAAGUCCCAGCAGGCCACACAGUUGGGAGUCCAGAGGAGUGGAUAUGGAGGUGGUGGGCAGGGCGGAACUGGCCAGGGAAAGACGGUCUUGACGAUGGAGGAUUUGGGCAUGGCCGUGCAGGAAUACGGCGUGAAUGUCAAGAGGGGCGAGUUCUACAGAUGA